GUGAUUAUAAUGUAUUACUUUGACAAAUAAAAUAUAAAGAAUUCUAAAAUAUUGUGAGCAGAAUUUUUAAUUUUUUGGCACAGAAUGCUCCCAGGAGUAGAACUUACAUUCAUGUAACAGGUGAUCAGCAGGCAAUGGUUUCUCCUGAGGGUGCAGCUUCCAUAGGUUUGGUGUGGAGGUCAGACAUUGCCUUCUCCUCCCCCUGUGUAUUUCCUAGGAAUCUAUCCCACUUCACUUUGUCUAGCCCAUUGUUUCAAAGAGUCCUUUGAAGCUCAUAACACAUUCUUGGACUUUUGUUAGCCAGGUCCCCUCCCCAGAGGUGUUACAGACCAUCCUACAGUAAUACAUACACACUCUUAUUUUUAAUACAAUAAACUCCUAGGAUACUGAAAACUUAAUUCAAUAAGGUUUGAGUUAAUUCAGUAAUGAUGGUCCAGGAUAUUGCAGAAAAUUGUCAUCUCUGUCAAACCCAUGUCUGUUUGUAUCCAUCCUUCUCUUGUCUUGUUCUUAGUUUCUCAUAUUUUGGGGCAAAGGGCUUUUUGUUCUGUGUUUGUAGAAUGUCCAGAAGAUCCUGGUCCAUGAUUUGCACUACUAGGGUUUCCAGUUUCCAAACCUGAUGUCGCCUCCCAGAAGGAACAAAGGGAAGAGCCGUUUUCCCCAGAUCUCAGAGGAAACUGAGAUUCUGAGAGGCUGCUUUACAGGUGAUGGGAUGGUGAAUGAGACCAUGGCGCAGAAUCCUCAGCAGGAAGAUGAUAAAGAAGUGGAACCACAUGGGGUGUUACUGCAAAGAUGCAAAGAGAGUGUGUCCAGGAGUAGUGAGCAGGAAAAAGCCUGUGAGAAUCAGUACAGGCCAGAGAAGCAGCAGGGAAACCAGCCAACACAGAAAGCUGAUCAAUCUGUUAAUUAUCAGGGAACUCAGAAACACAACAAGAAAACCAUGGCCCAGCAGAUUAUCCUCAUGGGAGAGAGAAAUAACACAUGCAUUGAGUGUGGGAAAAAGUUCAGUAAGCGAGCACACCUUAUUAUCCAUCAGAGAAGCCACACAGGGGAUAAACCCUAUGAAUGCUGUGAAUGUGGGAAAACCUUCGCUCAGAGCUCAAACCUUACUACACAUCAGAGAAUCCACACAGGAGAGAAACCCUAUGAAUGCUGUGAGUGUCGGAAAUCCUUCACUGAUCACUCAACCCUUAUUAGUCAUCAGAGAAUCCACACAGGGGAGAAACCCUAUGAAUGCUAUGAGUGUGGGAAAUCCUUCUCUCGGAGCUUACACCUUAUUCAGCAUCAGAGAAUCCACACAGGGGAGAAACCCUAUGAAUGCUGUGAAUGCGGGCAAGCCUUCACUCAGAGCUCACAGCUUAUUAGACAUCAGAGGAUUCACACAGGGGAGAAACCCUAUGAAUGCUGUGAAUGCGGGAAAACCUUCACUGGUAGUUCAAACCUUAUUAGCCAUCAGAGAAUCCACACAGGGGAAAAACCCUAUGAAUGCUGUGAGUGCGGGAAAACCUUCACUGAAAACUCAACCCUUAUUAGCCACCAGAGAAUCCAUACUGGGGAGAAACCCUAUCGAUGCUGUGAAUGUGGGAAAACUUUCUCUUGGAGCUCAGCUCUUAUUCAACAUAAGAGAAUCCACACAGGGGAGAAACCCUAUGAAUGCUGCGAGUGCAGGAAAACCUUUUCUCAGAGCUCAGCCCUUAUUCAGCAUCAACGAAUCCACACAGGGGAGAAACCCUAUGCAUGUUGUGAAUGCGGGAAAACCUUUGCUCAGAGCUCAAAACUUAUUAGACAUCAGAGGAUCCACACUAGAGAGUGACCCUGUGAAUUUUAUGAAUAUGGCAAGUUCUUACAUUUGAACUCAGCCUUUAUUUAUCAUUAUAGAUGCUGCAAGGGAGUUAGAAACCAUACAAACCCUCUCUAGAAAAGAUUGAGAAAAUAUUGUUUUCCUUUCGCUAAUUCCCACAUAGUAAAAUUUAAGGUGUCAUUUGUGUCCCUGUGAUAUUUCAGUUCCCCCAGAUGAGUUGUCUGCUUUUCAACUCCAGAGGUUUAAUGUAUUUGAGCCUUGAUUUCACUAGGAUUUACCUCGCUUCAAUUAGCGAUCGUGAUGAUUUUUUCAAUUAAAAAAAAUAGUUCAUUUAUAGUGGCCAUGGUAAUUUAUAAAAUUUUGUGAAGACCUGAGAUAACAUCCAUCAUUUUUCCUAGCGUAAACAAAUUUGGAGCAUCACAUUUAUACUUUUCCUUCCACUUCAAAGCAAUUGUUGCUUACCACAUUCCUUUACUAUGGACAGAUUGUCUCAUUCCCAGUUGUUUUCACAUUGCACUGGGUUCUGCUGAAUGGUUUUUAUACCAUUUUUCUCAUUUUAAAUAUAUAUAAAG